GGAAAAGUUACUCUCCAUUUUUAGAAGAAAAUAGGCUAAAAACUGUCUCGCGGGGGAAAAAAGGCAUUGUUGCAAAAUGACGAGAAAAGCGUUUCUUCCGAAGCUCGGCGCACACCUUUCGGGACUGGCGGAGAGUCCCCGCCCCAGAAGAGCGAGGCAGGCGCGGGGCUGGCGGCCGGUCCCUGGCUCCCCCCCAUGCACACCCCCACCCCACCGCCUAGGACCCGGAAGCGGAGCCUCCGCCGGCUCCGCACACCUCGGUCCACGCAGACCUCGCCCAGAGGGGAGGCUCCAUGGGGCCGGGUCGGGCCCACCGGCGCAGCCGCGCACGCACAGCCCGGGCCGCGGCCCAGCAACAACCGACUUACUGAGCGACGGCGACCCGCUCGGCGACAGAAGAGGCGCGCACGGCCCGCGGCGGGUGAAGCCGCGGCACCGCCCGGCGCUCUCGGGCUCUAUGCUGAAGCCGCGAAAACCCACGAGCCGAGGGAGAGCCGCCUCCCGGCUGGAUCCCGAAGAGCCUCAACUCGGUGUCCUCGCUUCCAAGAGGCGCUCGGAUCGGUCACUUCCAUCCUGUGCUCAGGCCCGGGGCUGAGACAUCUGUUUUCCAUCAACCGCGCGACCGCGGCAAAUCCUGGAUUACGCACUGCCCGGCGCCCGCGGCGUUUCCGGCCCCCGGCGCGGCCGCUAAUCCCCGCACACGCAGCAGGCAGAGCACACGCAACGCGGCGCCCGGUUCCCGACUGCUUUCCGCGCGCGCUGACUGCGGGCUCCCGCGGCCCGCCGCGGGGGAGGACCAAUCGCAGUCCCCGGGCAGAAGAAGGGUGGGCGCGGUUCUCAGGGCUACUCCCGAACACGCGUCCUCCCCCCAGCCCUGUAAACACGCUGCAAAGUCUGUCCCUUCGGGGGAAUGACUUGUUUGCCCUGGCUGCAAAGGGUCAGUCUCUAGGACAGAAUGGCUCAUUACUCAGAGCAAUCACAACUCCUGAAAGUGAGAGAGGAAAAAAAUCUCUGCGUUUACUUUCAGUAAAUUCUGACAAUGUCAACGAGGACACAAUCGGCACCGAAAAUGAGGAGAAAUUACUGCGUCUCAAGGUCUUAUAUUUUACUCUGUAAAGCAGGUUAGGGUAGGGAGCCUCCCCCCUCCCUCCCCUCCCCUUCCUUCCGCCUGGAAACAUUUGCGUGUACCAGGCACUAGGCUGAGAAAAGAAAGUUGGAAAAAGCCUGAAGUCUCUACUCUCAAGUGCCUUACUAGUAGCGGGGCGGGGGGCAGGGGGA